AGUAAAUAACGAAACGGAAGAACUGUAACAAGUUGGUAUCUCUCUGAAAACUUGCAAAACCUGAGAAGCUAGCCUGUUUAAAACAGGAAGCUAUGAUGUUUACUACCUGACUGGUGUAUAUGAUCAAGUGUUAUCUCUGUUUCAUUAGCAGUGAAACUUAAGUUACUACUGGACUCAUAAAGGACUUAGCAAAAAUCACCAGAGACAAGUAGAAUGGCAUUCAACACAGAUGAAAUCAAGACUGUGGUUGAAAGCUUUGAGACCACACCCUAUGAAUAUGAGUGGGCACCACCCUGUGAAAAAGUCAGCAUCAAAGAGCUGGGGUCAUGGCUCCUGCCUCCACUGUACUCCCUGGUGUUCAUCAUAGGCCUCUUGGGCAACAUGAUGGUUGUGUUGAUUCUCAUAAAGUACAGGAAGCUACAAAUUAUGACUAAUAUCUACCUGUUCAACUUGGCAAUUUCUGACCUGCUCUUUCUCUUCACUGUCCCAUUCUGGAUUCACUAUGUUCUGUGGAAUGAGUGGGGUUUUGGCCACUACAUGUGUAAAAUGUUGUCUGGGUUUUAUUACCUGGCUUUGUACAGUGAGAUCUUUUUCAUCAUCCUGCUGACGAUUGACAGAUACCUGGCUAUCGUCCAUGCUGUGUUUGCCCUUCGAGCCCGAACUGUGACUUUUGCUGCUAUCACCAGUAUCAUUACCUGGGGCCUUGCAGGACUAGCAGCAUUGCCUGAAUUUAUCUUCCAUGAGUCUCAAGACAGCUUUGGAGAGAUCUCCUGCAGUCCUCGCUAUCCAGAGGGCGAAGAAGACAGCUGGAAGCGUUUCCAUGCUCUAAGAAUGAAUAUCUUUGGUCUAGCUCUUCCUCUCCUCAUUAUGGUUAUCUGCUACUCAGGAAUCAUUAAAACUCUGCUGAGAUGUCCCAAUAAAAAAAAACACAAGGCCAUCCGUCUUAUUUUUGUUGUUAUGAUAGUCUUUUUUAUUUUUUGGACCCCAUACAACCUGGUUCUCCUUUUUUCUGCUUUUCACAGCACGUUUUUGGAGACCAGUUGUCAGCAAAGUAAACACCUGGACCUGGCCAUGCAGGUGACUGAGGUGAUUGCCUACACCCACUGCUGUAUUAAUCCAGUAAUCUACGCCUUUGUUGGUGAGAGGUUCCGGAAACACCUUCGAGUCUUUUUCCACAGAAAUGUGGCAAUUUACCUGGGAAAAUAUAUUCCGUUUCUUCCUGGUGAGAAAAUGGAAAGAACAAGCUCUGUCUCCCCAUCAACCGGGGAACAAGAAAUCUCUGUGGUAUUUUAGUUGGGCAGAGAAAAUUGUCUCUUAUUCCAUGGACUGAAAGAUGAAGCAAACACAUUAAGUCAGUCACAAUGACCUCUAGGUCAAUCAUUUGUACUUUCCAUGCAAUGCUGAUGCUCUCAAAGACCUGAAAACACACAUAAUAACUGCAGAAUAUCUUCAUCUACCCCAAGAUCAUUACUAGAGGGCAUGUGCUGGCCAGUUGGCAAUUCAUCAAACAUGAAAAAGGCAGCUUUUUUUGGAUUCUCUGAAGAGUUACACAUGUUCUGAUUCUCUUAAAUGUUAAAUAAUCCAUUCACAAGUAGGAAGGUUUAAAAAAUAUUUAAACUUCUACUUUAGCCACUUUUUGACAUCAAUGAAAUGUUUCACAAAAUGCAUUUAUUUUAUUUCCUAACCUAAGUAGUUCUUUUUUCUUCUUGAUAAUGGCUUUCUUUUUCCUCUUUUUUAAAAAAAUAUUAUUGGAAUAUGGACUAUUGCUCUUACAGGAGACUGGGUGUUAUAUCUUGUUUAAUUUUUUCUUAAAAGUCAAAUUAAAUCAUAUUUCCUAUUAGUAAUUUAAAGCAUCUUGGAAGGAACACGCUCUCCUCAUAAUGCUAGUUUUAUGUUGAAAAAUAGGCUGGGGCUAUCUGUAUUG